AUGAUGAAAGUUCCUAUUUUGGCCCUUCUGAUCUGCCUCCUGUUCGCUUUGUCAAAUGGGUAUGGAGGAACCAAGGUCGGCGGCAGGCAGCAGAUCGAAGACGUGAAGACGAACAAGGAGGUUCAGAAGUUGGGGAGGUUUUCGGUGGCGGAGUACAACCGGACGCAGCGGAAGAGCCACCAGAGCAACGGCGGCGGAGACCUUCAGUUCUUGGAGGUGGUGGAGGCGCAGAGCCAGGUGGUUUCUGGGAUCAAAUACUAUCUCAAGGUCUCCGCCGUCAGGAAUGGGGCUCACAUGCUGUUUGAUUCGGAAGUGGUCGUGAAGCCAUGGCUUCAUUCCAAGCAAUUGCUCAACUUUGCCCCUCAUGGUCCUAAUUGA